GUACACCACAGGCAACUUUCAGUGUUCGUCCUCUCGUUACAAUAAAAGCCAGUAAUAAAAAUAGUAUCAAAUAGGCCUCAUAAAAUCGAUAUAAGUAGUAAUCAAUUCUGAGAGAGUAAUUUAAAUCCAAAAAUGCCGUGUGAAAUGAUAACCCUGCAGCUGGGCCAAUGUGGCAAUCAGAUUGGCUUUGAAUUUUGGAAACGACUCUGUGCCGAACAUGGAAUCAAUCCUGAGGGAAUUCUCGAGGAUUUUGCAACAGAGGGAACAGACAGGAAAGAUGUUUUUUUCUAUCAGUCUGACGACGAGCAUUACAUCCCUCGGGCUGUAUUACUAGAUCUUGAACCUCGUGUUAUUCAUACCAUCAUGAAUUCCCCUUAUUCCAAGUUGUACAAUCCGGAGAAUAUUUACCUGUCGAAGCAUGGAGGUGGUGCUGGAAACAAUUGGGCUUCUGGGUAUCACCAGGGAGAGAAACUCCAGGAGGAGAUAUUCGAUAUUCUUGAUCGUGAGGCAGAUGGUAGUGACAGCCUUGAAGGAUUCGUUCUAUGUCAUUCAAUAGCCGGAGGAACAGGAUCAGGAAUGGGAUCAUUUAUGCUGGAAUCACUGGCUGACAGGUUUCCCAAAAAACUCAUUGAAACUUACAGUGUGUUUCCAAACCAGGAUGAAAUAAGUGACGUUGUAGUGCAGCCCUACAACUCCCUCCUGACUCUAAAACGCCUGACCCAGUGCGCAGACUGCGUAGUGGUCCUGGAUAACACAGCCCUGAACAGAAUCGCGUCAGAUCGCCUGCACAUUCAAAAUCCUAGCUUCACCCAAAUAAAUAAACUCGUAUCGACAAUAAUGAGCGUCAGCACGACAACCCUAAGGUACCCCUCGUACAUGAACAAUGACCUGGUGGGCCUGAUAGCACCUCUGAUUCCCACACCUCGUCUCCACUUCCUCAUGACAGGGUACACUCCCCUGACGACAGACCAAGAGGGACAAUCGGUGAGGAAAACAUCAGUAUUGGAUGUCAUGAGGCGUCUCCUGCAGCCCAAGAACAUGAUGGUGUCAACAGCUCUCGAUAGAAAUGCCUCUCACUGCUACAUCUCGAUCCUCAAUAUCAUCCAGGGGGAGGUAGAUCCCACUCAGGUGCACAAAUCCCUCCAGAGAAUCAGGGAGAGGAAACUUGCCCAGUUCAUACCCUGGGGGCCUGCCAGCAUUCAGGUCGCUCUUUCCAGGAAGUCACCGUACAUUCAGAGCGCCCACAGAGUCUCUGGUCUCAUGCUGGCUAAUCACACUAAUAUCUCCUCACUCUUUGAUCGGGCCCUUCAACAGUACGACAAACUCAGGAAACGCGAGGCAUUUCUCGAGCAAUUUCGAAAGGAAAAAAUGUUCGAGGAAAAUUUAGAUGAACUCGACAACUCCAGAGAAGUUGUUGAAUGCCUUGUCAAGGAGUAUCAAGCAGCUACUAAAGCGGAUUACCUAACGUGGAAUCCAAAUAAAAUGGAAUAAUUACGAACUUUUGUUCUAGAGUGAGGGGAUAAAACGGUUACAGUAUCUCUGAAGCUGAGGGAAAUAACGACUUUUUUUGUUAGGACCUAUUUUUUAGACGGAAAUGAAAGCUGCAAAAAGAUUUCCAUGAACAUUUUUCUAUCUCUCUUGGAUUCAGAGAUAUUAUGCGAAAACUUAAAUUUAGGAUGAAAGGAGGAAAACACAUGUUGCCAUUAGUGAUGAAUCUCAGACUACCUUACGGUGCCAUUCUGUUCAAAAUUACUGCACGCCAGCUUAUUCACCCAGUAUUUUUGUAAAUACUCGUACCUAAUACCCAAAAUUCGUUCUCUACACGAAUUCAUGCAGUGUUGCUUGUUAUUUGCUGGCGGAAAUGACUGCACUGCGCUCGACAUAACUCGUGAUAUUGAAGAAAUAAUUAUGGAAUAAUAAAAUUAAUAAACAGUUCGUUUUUUUUUUACAAAA